AUGGGACCCUCUGGGUGUGGCAAGACUUGUUUAAGCAAGUCGUUAGUCCUGGACCAUUUAGACGAAUUGUUUGUAAACCCUGCGAACGUGAUUCAUUACUGCUAUGGCGCAUUGCAAGAUGGUUUUCGUGAGAUGCAAGAAGAAGGUUUUAAGUUUCACGAAAGCGUACCUGAACAAGGACAGUUGAAAAAAUUGUUCCCUAAAGAAGGUGGUUUUCUGGCCUUGGAUGUUCUGAUGACCGAAGGAGGGAACAAUAAAGAAGUGCUGGAUCGUUUUACCAAAAAUCAUCAUCACAACGUCACCGUCAUCAAUUUGUUUCAAGACAUGUUUCCACUACGCAAAUAUGCUAAAAGUAUUUCAAGGAAUGCCCAUUACGUGUCCCUCUCAAGCACCCUCAAGAAUUUAUUAUUGUAAGCAUUUCCUAUGUAGUGGCAAGAUAUUAUGGAAGUGUACCUGAAAGUUAAUCAACGCCCCCAUAGAUAUCUGACCUUAGAUUUAUAUCCUGCCAGUAAUGACAAUCGGCGCAUGUUCAGUCACAUUUUGACACAUGAAGGAUGUAUACGAUUGUAUCAGAACAACCACCGCCACGCACACAUCGUACGAGAAACUUUUGUUUUAUUGAAUGACCAUCAUGACCGAUAGUUCGCACGACAAAGAUAUCUUUGGUAACCCAAUCGAGGACUAUGACAAAAAAAGGCAGGAGAAGAGGAAGACAGCCAUGAUGCGUUGGAGAAUGAUAGUGGUGGUGACUCCGAGACAAAAGACGUACAGAUGGGUAAUUAUGAUGAUGCUGACGAAGACCACGGCAAUGAUGACAACUAUGCUGAUGUUAAUCCAUGGGUAGAAUUGACUGAUCAAGUGCAAGAAUCUUUGAGUGAACUCUUCGAUGAACAAGUUCAACUCCAUCGACUACAGGGAAAGUCCGAUUAG